CAGGCACAGAGGAGAGUUAAGAGUUUUUCGUAUUAACAACAUAGAAACUGAUCACCCACCUGUUACUCAAAACAAUAGAACCUCAGGGAGGACUUUUCUAAUCCCGGAAUAGAGGCAGCACCUUGCCUUGAUGUCUUUCUUUGUAAAAAUGUCUACAGCAGAUUUGAUGGAGAAUCUCAGGGAAGAACUGACCUGUUUCAUCUGCUUGGACUAUUUCACCAGCCCGGUGACCACUGAGUGUGGGCACAGCUUUUGUCUGGUGUGUCUCCUGAGGAGCUGGGAGGAACACAGUACUCCUUUAUCUUGUCCUGAGUGCUGGAGGGCCUUGGAGAGUCCACACUUCCAGCCCAAUGAGCGUCUGGGGAGGCUGGCUGGCAUCGGCAAACAGCUCCGAUCCCAGGUGCUGCAGAGCGAGGGCGGACAAGGCAGCUCUGGGAGAAUGCUGGCAGUCGCUAAGGCUUUUUCUGAUGAGCAGCAGGGUGUAAACGCUUUCUCAACCCAGUGUCAUGGAAUAAACAGAUUGUAUCCCUCCAGUGAGGCUGAGGAGCGUCACAAAGAGAAACUCCAGGAAAUCUUAAAUCUUUUGCGUAAAAAGAAAAAGGAAACUCAGGUUGUAUUAUCCCAUGAGAAGGAGAGAGUAACACUGUGCAAGGAAGAGACAAAGGCCUGUAAGCAGGUUGUUGUGUCAGAAUAUGUAAAAAUGCGCCAGUUUUUGAAGGAGGAGGAACAACUACAGCUCCAGUUACUGGAAAAGGAGGAAAGGGAGAACAUGAAGAAGUUGAGGGACAAUGAGAUCAAGCUGACCCAGCAAAUAAGAAGCCUAAGCAAGAUGAUUGAGCAGAUAGAGUCCACCUGUCAGCGCUCCACUUUAGAAUCUUUUGAGGAUGUGAAAGGAACACUGGAAAGGAGUGAGCCACUCUUGCUCCAGUGUCCAGAGGCGGCCGCCACGGAACUGAGUCUGUGCCGCAUCACUGGAAUGAGGGAGAUGCUAAAAAAAUUCAGCACGGACAUAACUCUGGAUCCAGCUACAGCCAAUGCCUAUCUUGUCUUGUCUGAGGAUCUGAAAAGCGUGAGACAUGGAGGAAUCCGACAGCACUUACCCGACAACCCAGAACGAUUUGACCAGUCUGCAACUGUGCUGGGCGCUCAGAUCUUCACCUGUGGGAGACACUACUGGGAGGUGGAGGUGGGCAACAAGACCGAGUGGGAAGUGGGCAUUUGCAAGGACUCCGUGAGCCGAAAGGGCAAUCUCCCGAAGCCACCUGGGGACCUCUUCUCACUUAUAGGCUUAAAAAUUGGAGAAGAUUAUAGUCUUUGGGUCUCAUCACCUUUAAAAGGUCAACACGUCCGAGAGCCUGUGCAUAAGGUUGGCGUUUUCUUAGACUACGAGUCUGGACACAUAGCGUUCUACAACGUGACAGAUGAGUCCCUCAUCUACAGCUUCCCUCCAGCCUCUUUCCAAGAGGCUCUCAGGCCGAUCUUCUCCCCUUGCCUCCCGAAUGAAGGGACGAACACGGGCCCUCUUACCAUCUGCUCACUGAACAGUUAUGUCUGAGGGACAUGCCCCCGAGCCUUCACCAAGGAUGAGGUCUAAGACCAACAGAUGAUUAUUAAUUAAGAUGAUUUAUGCAUUGACACUAUCAAUAUUGGGUGAUCUUAAAGGAAAGCCCCUGAAAAGGCUUUCUGUUAACUUGAGCCACAAUCAACGGCCAAGUUGGACAAUCAACUUUCAACACCAUAGAAGGCUGAUCAAAUCUUGUCUUUGACCAAAUUCGUUAUCUAGACUGUCCCGCAUACAUGCUGGUCACUGAAAAUGUAGAGAAAGAAUUAGCCCCUAUUAUCCCUGAUCCCAUUGUCAUAGGCCAGUUUUAUAAAUGUAUGUCAUGUUUUUGAGUGUAUUUAUUUAUUUGACUCUAAAGAACUCUAUUUUUUAUAUUUUUAAUAUUUUUAAUGUUUAUUUUUGAGAGAGAGAGAAAGAGCGAAAGACAGAGCACGAGUGGGGGAGGGGCCGAGAGAGAGGGAGACACAGAAUCGGAAGCAGGCUCCAGGCUCUGAGCUGUCAGCACAGAGACUGAUGGGGGGCUCGAACUCAUAGACAGUGAGAUCAUGACCUGAGCCAAAGUUGGACACUUAACUCACUGAGCUACCCAGCACCCUAAGAACUCUGCUGUUUGAAUGUCUUUGUUCUAUGUGCAGAGCUCUGCAUGCUGGGACAAGACUGACUCCUCUGGGUGGGAGCAAGUGCAUGGGUUCUCCUUUCCAGGGUUGGUGAGAGGGACUCAUGACUCAGCCUCCACUGAAAAGUUGCUUUUCUUUCCAUUCCAUGGGGCCUGGAGUAUCUGUACUCGGGAAGGCUUAUAUGUUCAGAAUACUGCAAAUUUAGUUGUCAAUAUCAUCAUUAUCCUUAUUGUUUACCACAACCACAAGAGGCUGGAACCUUCUGUGAAUAUGUUUAAAGAUCACAGAACAAAGUCUCUAUUCAAUAAA